AGCUUGGAAAGUGCCCGGGAGCUCCAGUCCUGCUGCUGCCCCAGCGUCCUGCUCCUCCGCUCGGAUAUCUCAUCUGACCCAGCCGGGGAAGGCAACUGCCUGCAGAUGAGUGGGCACCAUGCUGACCUCCGGGCUCCCUCCCUUGCCCCGGACCAUGACGGUACUCCUGCUGCUGGGAGCAGCCACCUUGUGCACAGGUCUCCAGUGCGUAUGCCUGAUGUGUGAUAGAAGCAACUACACCUGUCACACAGAAGGAGCCUGCUUGACGUCGGUCAUGCUUACACAUGGCAAAGAAGAAUUCAUCAAGUCCUGCAUUUCUCUCCUUGAGUUGAAAGCUCAGGUUUACUGUCACAGCUCGAACAACGUCACCAGGACCGAGUGCUGCCUGUCCGAUUUCUGUAACAAUAAAACACUCCAUUUACCUGCUGCAGUCUCUACAAGCACAUCCCAUUUCAGCCACGUGGAACUGUGGAUAUUGGUCACCAUUCCGGUAUGCGUCCUGGCUAUAGCCAUUAUGCUAACAGUCUACACCUGUCAGAGGCGAUACGGUGCCUACAAGAGAACCCGGCGGCAGUGCAUUGAAGAGCCCUUAACAGAUUGUAACUUAGACACAGAUGGGAAAUUCUUGAAAGAUCUCAUACAUGACAUGUCAACAUCAGGAUCUGGAUCUGGUUUACCUUUGCUUGUCCAGAGAACCAUCGCAAGGACAGUUAUUAUUCAGGAAGUGGUUGGCAAAGGACGGUUUGGAGAGGUUUGGAGGGGAAAAUGGUGCGGAGAAGAUGUUGCUGUAAAGAUUUUCUCUUCACGAGAUGAAAGAUCAUGGUUCCGAGAAGCAGAAAUUUAUCAGACCGUGAUGCUGAGACAUGAAAAUAUCCUUGGAUUUAUAGCAGCUGACAACAAAGAUAAUGGCACAUGGACCCAGCUCUGGCUUGUGUCUGAAUAUCAUGAACAGGGCUCACUAUAUGAUUACCUGAAUCGAAACACAGUAACUAUUGGGGGAAUGAUGAAAUUAGCAUUUUCUGUGGUCAGCGGUCUUGCUCAUCUUCAUAUGGAAAUAGUAGGGACUCGAGGUAAACCCGCUAUUUCACACAGGGAUCUCAAAUCCAAAAAUAUUCUGGUGAAAAAGAAUGAGACAUGCGCCAUCGCUGACUUAGGACUGGCGGUAAAACAUGAUUCAAUUACAAACAUGAUAGACAUCCCCCAAAAUCCAAGAGUGGGGACCAAAAGGUACAUGGCUCCGGAAUUACUUGAUGAUUCAAUAAACAUGCACCACUUUGAGUCAUUCAAAUGCGCAGACAUCUACUCUCUGGGCUUAGUAUACUGGGAAAUAGCCCGGAGAUGUUCUGUGGGAGGUGUUGUGGAUGAAUACCAGUUGCCUUACUACGAUAUGGUGCCUUCUGAUCCUUCAUUGGAAGAUAUGAGAAAAGUUGUUUGUGACCAAAAAUUACGACCCAACGUACCUAACCAAUGGCAAAGCUUUGAGGUUCUCCGAGUCAUGGGCAGGAUCAUGAGAGAGUGUUGGUAUGCCAACGGCAAGGCUCGCCUAACUGCGCUGAGGAUCAAGAAGACGCUCUCUCAGUUGUGCGUGGAGGAAGAUUUCAAGAUGUAACGUGGAGACCCCGACAAUCACGAGUCAUGGAGGGGGGGGGGGGGUGCGUUUGUAGUUGUGUUUGCUCUACCUCAAAAGUAACAAGUGCCAGACUGGAGAACCAAGGACACGUGGACUGGUUUGUAGUGGUUCGGAGCUGACUUACUGGUCUUUUUGAUGAGGUCCGUUGUCUAAAAACUGAGAAACAUAACCAUUAAAAGCAGGGCCUGCGUUAGCACCUGGGAAGAUGCCCACAAGGUCUGUGGCAAACUCAUGCUUUAUCCAUUGUCCAGCCCAGGGUAAGAGUAGCCAAGGGUCCCACCAUGACUUGGCGGCCCAUGGCUCAUCUACACCUGGUGCCGGGCCAGACUUAAAGGCCAUAAAGAAGUCAGCGCAUGCUUGCUGAGAUAUAUGUACAUAUACAAUGAGAAAUAGCCACAGCAUAAGCUU